CGGUGGUUUUUAAUAAUUGCAUCUUCAAAAUUUAGCGAGCAUCCUUUGCAGUUGGUCCAGGUGCAGAUCUUCUUCCGUCAUGGUGCUCGAACGCCUUUACACCACGUUCGAUCCCCCAAUGUUGAUGAUGUAGAUUCAUGGUGUUUUAUCCAGUACAUACUCUUUGCAGGCUUUUUGGACCCCAGACUUAAUAGAUGACCUGCCACACACGUGUUUCCCCUUUACAAUCAUGGAUAUGUGCUCCGAAAAGGUGAUCGAUCUGUCCCAGGUUUCAAGUUUGCCCAUCCCAUUCAGAUUACCGGGUGGUCUGUAUACGGGUGAGCUUAUCAAGCGUGGUCAAGAGGAAGCGUUUGCCUUGGGAAGGCGUUUGAAAAGCUCGUAUAUUGACAAAAGAUGUUUCAUAUCCAGUUCACUGAACCAGGAAGAAGUCUAAUCAACCAUGAUAAGAAGAACGAUAAAGUCACUUCGCUGCGUACUUGCUGGAAUGUUUGGCGAGAACUUGAAAGAGAAUCCACGAGUCGAGCCUGCUGUUAUAAAUGUGGAGCCGCUUGAUAGAGAAUACCUUUUUCCGAAUCCGGUGAUUUGUAAAUCAGUGGACCGUUUUGCUAAGGACGGCAUGUCAGAAUGUCUCAAUUCCGAGAGCCACCGACGGUUGAAGCAAAAGCUGAAAAGUGUCCUCGGAGUGAAAAAGCUUUAUGACGAUUUUCGCCCCACCCCAUGGGACUGUCCUGUUUACUUCGUGCGUGAUGACUAUAUGUCUCGAAAGAGCGCUAACUAUCCUUUACCGCCGGGGAUGGACGAACUGCUUCCAACAAUGCACCAGCUGGCCGCCGAAGAACUUUAUUGGGAAUACCUGGGAAUGAAACACCACUGGGACGAGAAUCUCCAUGUGGUAAUGUCCGGCGUUCUCAAAAUGAUCCUCUGCAGUAUGCGUCAUUUCACACGUGUUCCGAAGUUCCAGCUCUACUCCUGUCACGAUUCUACCCUAAUGCUACUGCUCUAUGCUUUGGAAUGUUUCGAUGGCUACUGGCCUCCGUUUGCGGCAGAUUUGAUUUUAGAAUUGUACGUGGACGAGAAUGUGGUGAAAAUCCUAACCGAAGGUGACAGCAGUCCUCAAGCUGACAACAAUAACAGAAGACUUUCAGACUUGCAAUACACUCCUCUGGAUGCGCUAUGGAUCAAAGUGUCCUAUCUUGGACAGGUCGUGCCUCUCGGAUGUCUUUGGAAGACACCCUACACGGAUGCUGGCCGAUACAAUAUGGGUUAUGUUCCGUUACGUUUCUUACUAGAACGCUGGAGUUCGAGCGCGCCGUCUUUCGAAGACCUCGCCUUGAAAUAGUCCAUACUAGCAUGGCGAUCGGUUCAAUCAUCAUACUCUUCCAAACCUACUCAUUGUGAUUUGAUGAGUGCCCGAUACCUUGACUGAGCAAUUAUUUGGUUCUUAUUCUUAUUCCGCAAGUCAAGAUAACUGGCAGCUUAGUAUAGAGAAUAAUUUGUGAAACUUCAGUUUACUAUCAAUGUUUGCCUCGUUUUGGAUUUUAUUUUGCCCCGAAGAUGCGCAAUAAAAA